AAUCUGGCAUCUUUGCAUGAGUACAGUAUAAUUUUUGUACUGAUACUGUGAGUCUCGAAAUUUGUCUCGAACUGAUUUCCACUUAACAUGGGAGAUUAUAAAUAACAAAGUGCAAAAAUACCAUUUACUAAUUGAAUUUUCAUUGCAAUAUUCUGCAUAAGUUGAAAAGAUGUCUCGACAUCGCGAUGUGAGAUGUAUGAACUAUUCGGACGAAUACGAAGGUUAUGACGAUGUUUAUGGACAUUCUGUGGAGGACGAUUAUUGUGUAUCUCCUAGUGCUGAACAAUUUCUGUUUGAUCGGAGCAAACAGCAAAAUAUUGCAUCGUUUAUAACAGAGCCAGAUAUAAUAGAAGAUAAUGAAGAUAACGAAGAAUCUGUAAUAUCGUCUAAUGAAGAAGAUGUGGUGCUUACAGAAAUUGAAAGAGCUAAGCUUAUGUCAUGUAUGGAAGUUAUGAAAAAUGUUAUUGGAGAUACAGUGCUUGAGUCUGAAAUUAAGAAGAAAAUUAUUCAGGCAAAUUUUGAUGCCGAAGUGGCACUUGAUUCAAUUUUAAGAGAAUCAUCUCCAAAAACUGGACCAUCUACAGCUGACAAGAAUAAUUUGGAGCCUCAUCCAGAUGCUGCAUCUAUUUCAUUUAUGAUACCAAAAUUGUCAUUUAACAAACAAAACGACACUGAAAGUACUAACACGAAUGCAUGUCUUGUAAAUAAUUCUGAAAGUUUGGCAAAUUUAAGUAUUGGUAACUCUCCCAUGAGAUUUCCUUCUUUAUCAGGAUUUAUAACUAGUCCUGUUAAUAGCACAUUGCCAAAUUUGAGAAGUGAUCCAUUGAAAAAUAUUUCGGGCGCAGGAGCUUUUAAAUCUUUAGCUGAUUUAACGGCUCAUCAUUUACAAAAAUCUGGCAAUUGCAUUAACAGUACGAAUUCUAACGAGAAAACAGUUUUGCCGAAAACAAAUUUCGUGAUACCGAAGUUAUCGAUUAAGAAAGAUAAUUGCAGUAAUUUGAGCGACACACAGUUAGGCUUUUCUGUAACAGAACGAAGUAAAAAAUUGUCGUCUAAACCCACGUUUCAAGUAACGACACCCUCCAACGUGAAAAUUAUUCCUGCCGGGAAGAGACCUGUCGUAAAAGGAUUUAACGUGCAUUCUGUUGAGAAUACGGACGUAUUGAAUUCUCGUACACAGAGUCCUCGGUCUCAGAGUCCGUAUUCAGAUUACAAUAGUCCAGAAAUAAAGAGAAAGGAGACCAUUGUAUCGAAGGAGAAGAAAGCAGUUUCCUCGAGCACAAAUAGCCCGCGAAGUCAGUCUCCGAUAUCAGGGCAUCAGACGCCAGAUAUCGAUCCUAAAAUAAAACUCAACGAGGAGAGAAUAGAUGUUUCAAAGAUUUACAAGGAUAAGAGAGGAGAUUGCAAGGAGCAAUUAAACCUUGUCGUGGUUGGUCACGUGGAUGCUGGUAAAAGUACUUUACUAGGACGACUUCUGUGCGAUUUAGGGCAAGUCCCAUCGAGACUUAUUCAUAAGUACCAGCAAGAAAGUAAAAAGAUUGGAAAACAGUCGUUCGCUUACGCGUGGGUUCUGGACGAGACAGGUGAAGAACGGGAACGUGGAAUAACAAUGGACAUUGGUCAUUCCAAAUUCGAGACAGAAACAAAAUCCAUUACAUUAUUAGAUGCACCUGGACACAAGGAUUUCAUACCCAAUAUGAUUGCUGGUGCUACUCAAGCAGAUGUAGCUUUAUUAGUAGUGGAUGCUACUAGAGGAGAAUUUGAAACUGGUUUUGAUAGCGGAGGUCAAACUAGGGAACAUGCGUUAUUACUACGUUCGCUAGGCGUCUCGCAGAUAGCAGUAGUAAUAAACAAACUAGACACAGUAGAUUGGUCGAAAGAAAGAUUCAAUGAAAUAAUGGACAAAAUGAGCGUGUUCUUGAAACAAGCUGGAUUCAAGGAUAGUGUUACAUUUGUUCCUUGUAGCGGUUUGUCUGGUGAAAAUAUUGUAACGCAGCCUAAAGAGCCUUUAUCUAAUUGGUAUACAGGACCUACGUUAGUCAACGUUAUUGAUAACUUUAAAUGCCCCGAACGUCCCAUAAACAAACCAUUUCGUUUUUCGGUUAAUGAUAUAUUUAAAGGCACAGGGUCCGGCUUUUGCGUUUCGGGUCACGUGGAAACAGGAAUGGUAUCUCUAGGUGAUAAAAUCUUAAUCUUACCGAGAAAUGAAACUGCCGUGGUUAAAGGUUUACAGGUGGACGAAGCAUCUGUCACGAAUGCAUUUGCCGGUGAUAAUGUUUCUUUAAUGUUACCGGGGAUCGAGCAACAGAACGUUGGGAUUGGAGAUAUUAUUUGUAAUCCUCAAAAUCCAGUUCCUGUUACGACACGUUUUCAAGCACACAUCGUCGUAUUCACAGUAAAAAUGCCUAUCGUGAAAGGUCUUCCGGUAGUGAUUCAUCAACAAUCGUUAGUUCAACCGGCUACCAUUACGAAGCUAAUAUCGCAGCUUAACAGAACUACCGGUGAGACGAUAAAAAAGAAACCGCGAUGCUUACCAAAAAAUUCAAGUGCUAUUAUUGAGAUUAUGACUCAAAAUCCAAUCUGUAUGGAAUUAUAUAAAGAUAAUAAACAAUUGGGCAGAAUUAUGUUACGAGUAGAAGGAACUACUAUUGCAGCUGGUCUGAUUAUGAAAAUCAAGUAACGACAAUUCGUUUAUCUGUACGUAAUCAGUUAAAUAGUGGCAAUUAUAAAUACUUGCGAAA